AUGGGAUGCGAGAUAAGAGGUCGAAGGGCAGGCACGUGUGCUGGACAGACGAAGAUGGUUCGCGGGGACGGGCGCAUAACCUACACCAGGCGCCAUGCCUACCACACCAAGUCCAACAAGGCCAAGGCCGUGAAGACGCCCGGGGGCAAGCUUGUGGCCCACUACCUCAAGAAGUCCGCCAAGGGCGUCCACUGUGCCGACGCCAGCUGCAGCGUCGCUCUCCCGGGGAUAAAGCACAUGCGCCCUAAGGAGUACAAGAACCUUAAGAAGCGCCAAAAGACCGUGUCUCGCGCGUACGGAGGGUCGCUUUGCGCGCCCUGCGUGCGGCAGCGGGUCGUGCGCGCUUUCUUGAUCGAGGAGCAAAAGAUCGUGAAGAAGGUGCUUCUUGAGAAGCAGAAGAAGAAGAAGGCCUAGAUAUUUUCUUGGUCUGGCCGAUCUUCACUUCGUACUGCUUUUCUUCGAAGGAGCGUGACUCCGCCUUGUUGAUCCUCGGUUGCUGUACCUGUCGCUAGCGAACCUGCGGUUCCUUGUGGUGGAACGGGUCGUAGCCGACCAAGGUGCAGAAUUGGGCGAUGCCAACUUGUGACGGUGUCCGGCCGGUAGGCUAGCUCUCGAGAGUUUGCCUUACGCCGUGUGUGCCUCAAAUGGAAAUAAAAAAAUCAUAGACGUCGGAGGUUCGGCGGGACGUGCUUUUUUCCCGUUCCCUCUUUUUCUUUUUCGACGUGCGCGGUCCGUUCGUGAAUCCUGUAUGCGAUGCUUUCACGUGUCGAUGGGAACUGCCUGCAGCAUGCAGCGUUCAGU